AUGGACUCAGCUGACGACGUGCGCUUGCAGUUGUCCACUCACCUUGAAACUAUCCGAUCAAAAAUCGCCAGGGGAAUGCUUGUGCUAUUCGUUGGUGAACAAGCUUCAGCGUUAACUUCCCCUGACAGUCCCUAUCCUUCAUUGGAUGAUUGGUGGCAGGUUAUUAACCAGUCAGAGGUAAGAGCUGUUUGAAACUCCGAAAUACGGCCCGGGGGUGAUCUCUAUAAUUGCCUAUACCAAGAGAGAAUGAUCUAGAUUAUUCUCUCUUGCCUAUACGUGGAGGCUCCACCCAAAAUGGGUACCAUUAUCAGGCUUCAGGUAUUUGAAAGGGUGAGGAAAUCUGUCAUUUCCUCCUGUAAAAAGACCUAAAAGAGCUAAUAGGAGAAUGAAUUUACGGGUGUGAAAAACGUCGAGACAAUUUACUAGUUUAAAAGACAGUGCAUUUACAGCAGUCUAUAAAAGGGAUGCAAACUUCUAAACUAGAUUUAUGAAAGGGGUACCGUUUGUCAAUAGAAGGUUUACGGGGUACCUUAAAAAGGGGUAGCUCUUCUGUAAAUAGGUAAGGGAUUGAACCUCGGGGCGGAGCCUCCCUGUGUAAAGCGUUUGGGAGUACCCUCUGGGGUCCAAACCUAACACUGAAUCACAAAAACAAGUACGAUCGACGGCGCGAGCCUCGUCUUCUUCACCACCGAUCGAAAAAUUAAGGGUGACUUGCCCAGAGUUUGAGCAGUUCAAAGAGUAUACUGAGAUAGUUCCACCUUUUAAAGCAUGUUUGUCGAUUCAUGAUGACUUUCAUGAUGUGGUUAAUAGAGGAUGGAUCCAAUCAUCAGUACACAAUCCUAACCCUCUUAGUUGGUUGUUUGCUAGGCAGCGUGCAAUCCGAUUUAAAUUUAUACGUUAAAUUUUGUUGGUUUUAAUUAUGUGUCAGCCUAUUGUGUCUAUUAGUUUUUUUGUUUCUUAAGUUUUACUGGCGGAUUUCAUUGUUCAUCUUUCCCUAACAGAAAGGCGUCGACACUCUAUUUGAUCUUGAGGACAAAUUCCUGGCAAACAUACAGCAAGCGCCUUCACGUGUUCAUGAUGCGCUGCGGAAUGUUGGGAAGUUUCCUGUUAUCAUAACGACGAACAUGGAUGACCUGUUAGAGCGCUUCCUUUGGAAGGCUGGGAAUGUUGGAGACAAAGUUCGACUUGAUCAGGCAAGUGGAAAACAGUCUUUUAUUGCUGACAAUCGCUUGUUGACUCAACGAAACGUGAAUUUUACAUGACGCUACCGAAAUCACCGCGAUGUGUUUGUUAAGUUUAAGCUUGUUUUUUCGUAGAUUUUUCUCAAGAACUGGUCUCGAUAAUAUUUCGAUACAAUUUUGACCCACUACUUCAUGAUUUAGAGAGUUCUAUCCCUUUACAGGUGAUCAAAAUAGAACUUGUUUAAUGAAAACCGCCACAGAGGCUUUUAAAAUCAACACACUUCUUCAGCGCGCUCUCUCAUUUUAAAUUGAAACUUAACAAGUCCCGGAUGCAAGUCCCGCAUGCGAGUCACGAUAAACCGCUGUACACUACAGCGAAGAGAUUAUAAGCGCUAAGGGAAAGUUCAUUUAAUAUGACAAGGGGGGGAUGAAGAUAUUGCAAAGGAAUUGAAGGAGGAGGGGGGGGGGGGCUCUGAAAUUUUUUCGACUACCAAGGAGGGGGCUCCUAAAAAAUUGAACCGCUAGCGAGGGGGGCUGCUAAAAUUUCAAGCUUCGAGUUUCAAUAUCUUCAUCCCUCCCCCUUGUCAUAUUAAAUGAACUUUCCCUAAUCGAAGAUUAAAAUUUUGUACCCCGUUUUUGAAUUUACCUUCCUACGCGUUGCUUAGGGUAACAUUUUGAGUCAUCAUUACUGUACUUCGUAGUAAAAGCUCAACAGUAUUUUGUAACCUCGAGUUGCACGUCCUUAGACGAGAAAUCCUUGCUUAAAAUUUGGGUUAAUCCUGGGUUAAACUUAAACUCGAGGAACCGGGCCCUGGACUAUACUCAUCCCGAUUUCAAACCAAUUUACUGCACCAACCCUUCAAAGAUGUUGUUCAACCCCUUAUAAGUUUCUGGAAAUACUGGGUCCCACUUAACAUCCCAUCAAACAGUUUGGUAUUUAAUCCACAUCUUACCUUUUUGAGUAUUCAGAAGUCCUGAGUAUUCAAAAUGAAAAUGUCCCUUUUCAGAUUUCAUGUGUAGCUCCUUCCUGGCCUAACCUGCACAGAGAUCUGAUUAUCAAAUGUCUUGGAGAUAGCAGUUUUAAUGUCCGGACAAAGGUAAGUUCGCACAAACUUUAAAUCAUGGGCGACAGAUCUGGCACGAAAUUCCAGCAGAGACCUCUUCAGCUUGUAUGUUUUGUUUCUCUGUGAAUAUCCCAGGUGAAUUUGACCUCUUGUCUUUUCAAGAAUUAUGCCUGAUUAUGCGUACAUAUGCAAGCCAAUAAGAAAAAGCUUGAAAGAAACAGAGAUCUCUAUAGUAUUAUCACAUGACCUCCAUUAGGAGAACAAAACAUGCAAGCUAAAGAGGUCUUUUUCACAUGUGAAAGUUACAAAAUUGCUAUGGCAACGUUCCAAACCAGGUUGGCGUCCAGGUUUAAAAAAUGUUGCGAAUAAAGAUAUCAGGACAAAAAGGCAGGGUAGAAAAACCUAAGACAGGAAAAAAGCAUAAUCUCUAACAGCAGGAUGGAUUCUAAGGGGUUAUUUUUAAAACGACUCAGAGAAUUGAGGACUUCAAUGAAACUUUUUAAUGGGCGGAAUUGCGAACGGUACAAAGCGAAGUUUUUCACCCAUGAUAUCAAUAGGUAAAUAAAAGCUAUAGUCGUGAAAUUAGUAAAUUAUUCCUCGUGCAGUUUGUCAACAAUACAUUUGGCUUGUCUAUUUACACUGACUGAUCCCCUGAAAAUCAAAAACAGUUUCCGUUUUCAGUUUUAAUAAUAGCAAUAAAAUUAUUAAGCUCAACAUUUUUUCUUUUGAAGCCCAGCAGCAAGAACUACUUUGAGGACUUUUGCAGCACUCUUGAAAGUGCAGAAGUUGACUUUAUGCAUCGAAUUUUCAACGAACGAUCUGUGCUGUUUCUUGGAUGUGACCUUCAUCGUCAAGAGUACAAAAGCUUUUUUCAGAAAUUUGCCGUUAAUGCUAAGGUAUAUACUACUAACUGAGGUGACAAGUGAAAGUUUCGCUUCGUUUGUUCUUUUCCUUUCUCUGCAUGCCUGACAUGCCGUCUUCUCCUUCUUUUUCUUCGUUGUCGUCUUAUUAUUCUUCUUCUGCAGUUUAAUGUCUUGGAUUGAAAUUUCGAAAGACAUAACCAGUAAUAGAAUCUGCACCAAAUAGUGUUCCUAGAACUCCAGAACCGUAACGAAAUCAAAUACUUCAAUUUGAAAACAAAUUGGUUGACAAUGACUUUUGGGGUCCACCUGAAGGGAAAACAAAAACACUGUGCGAAAACUUUCUUAAGUAUAAACAACCCGUAUUCACCCUGACCGACAACUGGGGUGAAGGAUACAUAACUAUUUUCAUUGCACUACAUUAGUAUAGAGUAGUCUCAAAUACUGUGGCUUUACAUUUUGGUUUUCUAUCGAUACUAUAACGCACUUCUUAUCUCGUGAAAAUACAGUCAAACCUCGCUAUUUCGAACUCGGUUAAUUCGAAGUCCCCGCUAUUUCGAAGGAAGACCGAAUGCCCUUGGAUUUACCCUUCCCCUUUACGCUUCCCCGGUUAUUUCGAAGCCCCGCUAUUUCGAACUUUUUUCCAUUUCCCUUGGGACUUCGAAAUAGUGGGGUUCGACUGUAAUGAUAAAAUUAUGAUCAAACAAAGACUGUAAGUGUGUGACAAUAAGAAUAGAAGAUACUAUUUGGGGAUAGAAUGAGGAAUUGGACUUGAAGGCUGAAGUAAAAUCAGUCUUCGGGAAAGGUGCACGAGAGACUGUCAGAGGUAUAGGGAAACUACUUUAAGACAGUCAAGUCGAUUUGUUUGUCAGUGUUGUAAAUUCAACAGCUGUCACGGCAAUAUGAGACAGUGUAUGCCUGUAGGAGAUUAAUUAAGACAGUGGAUCCGUUUUUUUGUUACCACUUUUUAGAUGAUCCAUUACAACUUUGAGACUUCGGAUAAGUCGGACCUGGAAGCAAACGGAAAUCUUCUCACUCUGAAGGUGACCAUAAAGCCCUGGGAAUUUGUGCAGUUAUUGAGCACAGGAACUAUUCAAGAGGCCGAGGACAUUCAGCCUGGAGAGGUACUAAUGCUUUGUAUUUAAGUUAUAGCUCUGUAGCUCAGUGGUUUAGAGCAUCCAAACUAGAACUCGGAGGGACGUGAGUUCGAUUAGCCAAGCAACCGCACGACUAACUAAGAGACCAUUGACUGGCAAAUAUCUUAGUUGCUGCCUCGUACCCAAAUGUCUCUCCCUGGUCAGUCUCUAUCCAUAAAAAAGUGCGCGCAAAGGAAGGCGGGAAGGAGAGAACGGGCAAGACGCCGCUUCACCUCUCAUUUUUCUCCUUCCCAUGGUCCAUUGCGCUUCUUCACCAGUCCUGCGUGUCACUCGCGUUUCGCGCUGGCCUCUGUGCGAAAAACGAAUCGCCAGCGGAGGAGACAAUGGUUGGUUAACACAGUGAUUCAUGUGUGCUUUCAUGCAUUCUUAAUUUCUUAAGGUCUAUUUGCGAUCCUACCUGAGAAUCCAACGGGACCAAUACCUUCAGCAGCAACUUGCCCUGGAGAAGAAAGCAUCCGAGAUCAUCUUUCACACCACGACUGUCACGAAUGCUUUAUCCCCAGACGAAUACUUUGAGCUGAUCUCUCGUCAUGCGAUCGAAGAUAUGUUCAUGAAAGAUUCUUUUGGUAAAUAAAACGUGUCACAUUUCUGCUAUUUUGCACAAUAUUGAGCUGGUUAACUAUAAGGCAGACAUUGAAAAUUAAAGAUGACUUCUUAAUUAAGAAAAUGCUUACUUUCUCGUGGAAGGAAAGUAGGUCUUAUUCUAACCGAACUAAAUCUCAAGACGUUUUAAAUGAC